AAUUACAGCUCUGUCUCUUGAAGUGGGCCAGGAAGAGAAAAGCUUCAGCAUGCCUGUGCUGUGAGAAGGUGAUGAUCAAGUCUGAUGCUGUCUUUACAAUCCUGAAUCUUCUUUGAGCUGUGCAAACUGGACUCUAUCCAGGAGCUGGACUUGUUCAGUAACUGGAUCCGGGAAAGCAUGAAAGCAUUUGUUCCUCAGCUCAAGAAGAUGACAAACCUUCGCACAUUUCACUCCAGCAGCCUGAGCCCAAAAAUGUUUACUUCAGCCUGGAAAACCAAGUGGCCUUCCUGCAUCUAUGCUCUUCACUUAGGACAGAUACAAAGCUCUUAGGAGCUUCAUGUAGAUGAUGUCUUCUUCCUGGAAGAAAAUCUGCAUAAAAUCUUAAGGAGGCCCUCUCCUUGAGGCUCUCUCCUUGUAUCAAGUACACUGAAGGAAUCUAACCUAAAGCAUCUGGCUCAAUGUCCAAGCACAAGCCAGCUGAAGUCCCUGAACCUGAGGAGGUUCUCAAUGAAAUCAUUCAACCUGGAGACCCUCCAGGUUCUGCUAGACAAGCUGGCCAGCAUCCUGGAGACCCUGGUCCUAGAGAACUGUGACAUCACAGACUCCCAGCUCCUUGUCAUCUUGCCUCCCCUGAGCCACUGCUCCCAGCUCAAGACCUUCAGUUGCUAUGGGAAUCACAUUUCCCUGGGCAUCCUUCAAGUCCUGCUGCAUGAGUGUACCAGACUGAGCCAGUUAACUCACGGGCUGUAUCCUGCCCCCUUGGAGAGCUAUGAGUCCAGGAUUCCAGCAAAGUUUGUGCACCCUGAGAAAUUUCCCCAGGUCUGUGCUAAAUUGGCACAGGUACUGACUGACAUAAGGCCAUCCCUUAGGGUCCAGAUCUGUACCUACUCCUGUGAUUGGUGCAUGGUGUGCCAACUGUAUAUGCUGGAGCCCAAUGGGAAGUGGGAAGUCACAGAGAAGUAUCGCUAUCCAAGUAGGAUUAGAUGUAACAGUUGUGUGAAUCCCCUUCUUGGUGACUGUAUCUUUUUUAUGUAGAGGUCCCCUCAAAGCCUCCUGUGCUCUCAGGUAGGCCUUUCAGAAGUGACUGGAUCAUGGGUGCAUGAUACUCAUUGGUGGACUUGUCUACUGAGUCUACAGCUCAAAGAGAUACAGGGAAAUGAGGCCAGGUCAGAAAAGGGGAGUCACUGGGGGCAUGGAGACAGAAGGCUCUGUCUCUCACCCUCCUCUGUUUAUCUCCCUCUGCCAUGUACCUCUGUCAUCCCAACCUGUGAAUUGAAGUGUAAGACCAAGUAAAUCUUUCCUCUUUAAAAUUGUGAGUGUUGGCUAUAGUGUAUCAGUGACGAUGGAAGUAGUGAAUUCAUGUGCAUAUGUCUGAAGUUAGGGUUGCAUAGAUUGUCAAGGAAUGAGCAUAAAGGGACUCUUGGCAAGUAUGGUAGAAUAGGUCCAUUGUCUGGGUGCUUUGGAGCCUGAGGAUCCCCUCAAGUUUGAGGGCCAGCCUGAGCUACAUUGUGAGACUAU